GUUCUGCAGCCCCCUGCACUGCUGUCCUGCCCUCACUCCGUGUUGCUGGGAUAUGAGAGCGCGUGCACUUCUGGUCACAGAGCAGGCAACAAAGCAGGGGAGCCGAUUCCAACCUUUGCACGCUGCAUUACUGUGGGAGACAAUUAAUUAUUUUAUUUUUAUUUUUUUUCAGUAUGGCUGUAAGCGUAACCUGCGCUAGGGGAUGUUUGACCAACUUCCUAACUACCUUUCUACCAAAACUAUUGUGGCGUGAAUUUAGAUGAACUUUUGGAUGGGAAGCAGAGAGCCAACUUGCCAUCAUCCCCCCAAGGACACGUAUGAGCAGCUGGGGGCUGCUGGGGGCGCUGGGGGCUGCGUGUGGCACCGGGCAUUUCUGCAGCACAGCGAAGGUUGAAGCAGCUUGGAGGACGGUGACGUGGGGAGCCCUGAAGCCAGACAGGCUCAGGAGUGCGUUGUGCAGUGUGUCCUUUCUCCUGGCAGGCUGUGUGUCCUCAGGCAGCCCCUGACCCGAGCGGAGGGGCAGCACUACUUGGCCCCUUCUGGAAAGGCUGCCGUUGUUCCCUGCUCUGCUGUGCUGCUCGCUGAUGUGCUCAUUUCCAGCCUUACACCUAAUGACCUUUGAGGAAGGCUGUGAUGCCAGUCCUGCUGGCCCUUCCAGGCUGAGCAGCUGCUGAAGCGUUCCAUGCUUUGUUCUGAAGGCCAGGAAAGCCCCUCUGUGCUGUGCUGCCCCAGGAACCAGCCGCAGGGAUCCAAAGGCCUGGGACCCUUGCUGCAGGUGGUGACUUGCAGCACCCCAUCCUCCCAUGCUCCAGCUCCACAUCCCAGCCCAGCUGCAGACACCUGGCUCUCCUCCCCGCGCACUGAGCUCGCUGCUGACUGCCGUACGCUGCUUUGCUGCAGAUGGCACCUCGUGUUCUUCCAGAUGCCACUGUUUCUCCCUACCCCACGCCUUCCAGCUUUAUGCUUAAGGACUUGUACUUCUGGAAAGAGCAGCCUGCUUCUGCUCCCUGCUGUGUCGGACCACCAGGCGUUCUGCUGCAGGGAGCUGAAUACACGCCAGCAAGCACACCACUGUCUGUCCCCAACAACCCCAGGCUUCAGCAAACCACAGCGCUUUGCCUGCAAGCCUUCAGCUGUCUGUGUGCUGCAAUCUGCCCUUGUGGGAUGGAGGUCAGAUGGGGGGACAGGGUGCAGCAAGGUGGGAGCGGUGAUAACCAUCUCUCUUCUCUUUGCAGGUUCCUUCCCUGCAGGUGGGGGCUCGGUCCUGCCCUGCAGUGCUCAGUCCCAGUCCCACUCUGGGCAGCAGUGCCCAGUGUGCUGGGCUGCCUCUGAGGAGGGAAAUGGGGUGGUUAAAGCUUCCCUGAGGGCUGCAGGGAUCUCUGCUUUGACAGGCUUUAACAGAGUCUCCCUGUGGAGUACUGAGCUGUGCUCCACGGACCGGAUGAAGGUUGGUUUGACACGUUUAAUGGCCACGACGGGCACAGAGCAUUCCUCAUCUGCCUGCAGCCCCUGCGACGCCGCGGGACGGCCGGGUAUUGUUGCUGCAGCUGGUGUUGUGAAUCAGGCCGACGGCAAGCGCUUCCUACUAUCCGGCUAUUUCACUACACCAGGGUUGCAUCAUACCACUUCCUUCACCCGCCUCCUGGAGCCUCCGUGCCUCUCCUGGAGCAUCUUGCUGCUGCGCCUGGCCUCUGAUUCGUGAGAGGCUCUGAUCUGUGCCGUCUGGGACAAGUUUGUGUUUUCUGAUGGGAUAAUGAGGUUCUAAAAUAAAGCUGUGGCUUCGAGGCAUCAGUGUGGUGCUGUCUGUGUUGGUGGAAGCUGAUGCCCGUGUGGCAGGAAUGGGCGAGGUGGGACUGAGGACGGUGUCUGUGCGUGCGCACCGUGCGUGGGGAGCAGAGCGAGGCCCAGAGAGUAGGUUGAAAUGUUUGUGCAAGUGCAAAGGGCCACCAGAGGCAGUGGCUGGACAACCCAAAUUUUCCAUUAACUCGCAAAGUGAGUGGGAUGAAUUUGCAAUGGGCUGCAGCGUUGCCCUCCAAUGUUGUUACCUGCCCUGUUAGCUGUCUUCCACGAUGUUAUCUGUUGCGCAUUUAAGUGCAUGUGUGACAUUGAGCCCUGCA